AUGGCGCUACGACAAGUCUCUCCGGCGACUUCGGAGUGCGGCGACUUCGACGGAUCUUCACAAGUUCAACUCGAAUUGGACAAAAUCGAUCGGCACAUGAAAGCGUUUCGUGAAUUCCAGAAGCAAUCCGAGAAGGAUCGGGCAGAAGCAAAUCAAAAAUCCGCGAAAAUGGAGCAACAAAUGGAGGCGAUACUCGCAAUGCUCAACAAAUCCACCGAUCAGAAUCAUACACCACCGGCGACAACUCCGCCGUAUUCAGCUACACCGAUUCAGGUAUCCCCUCAUUUGGAACCAAAUCGAAAAAAUGACUCGCUAGGAUAUCGAUCUGGGAAUUUGAAUCUAGCGAAUAGAGAUACGUUGUUGAAGAAAGUCGAAUUGCCUAUUUUCUCUGGGAAACAACCGUAUGUGUGGAUCAUUGAAGCAGAGAGGUUUUUCCACAUCGGCGGCUACACAGAGGAAGAAAAACUGGAUUUGGUUGGUUUGAGUUUGGAAGGGAAGGUGAAGAAAUGGUACUAUUGGGAGUUACAGAGAAAUGGCUUCAGAAGUUGGUCAGCCUUCAAAGACAAAUUGAUAUUGCGAUUCUCAGAAUCGAUUGAGGAAGCGCCAGGAAAGCGUUUAUUCAGAUUGAAGCAGAACGGAUCAGUGGAUGACUACAUCACGGAGUUUGAGGAGCUGUCUUCAUUAGUUCCGGGGUUGAGUGAUGAGACUCUGUGCCAUAUCUUUUACAACGGACUAACAACAGAAAUGCAAGAAGUGAUUAAGAUGAAGGAGCCACAGCGCUUGGAACACCACAUUUCCGCAGUGUUGAGAAUGGAAUCCAGUGCGUUCUGCAAAGCAGUCAGUGAGAGUACAGGUUAUGACAGUGGUGCAAGAGGCAAGAAACGAAUGAAUUCACAGAGAGCCUUGAUACCGUUUGAAGGAAGAACAACAGUUAUACCUCCUCGUGCACAAGGCAAAGAGAAUGUUCAACCUACAGGACAACAGAGACCCAACAACGCUUAUCCGAUGCAGAGAUCAAAAAAAUAA